AUGUGCUUCUGCAACAACUGUCGCAAAUCGACCGGAUCCAUCGGCAUGGCUAACAGCUGGUACCGCAAAGAGGCAAGUGAUUUAACAAUCACCAAAGGUGCCGAUACGCUGCGGACCUACGAAGACCGCGCAACAGACUCUGGCGCGACUGUGGAGCGGUCAUUCUGCACUGGAUGCGGAUCGCCCGUGAUCGCAGAGAACAAGAUCAAGUUCCCGGGCACGGUGAUCGUCACGUAUGGCACCAUAGAACUCGAGACGGGACAGAAGUGGGAGCCGAACCUGGAGUACUUUUGCAAGCGCAAGGCGGAGUGGUUGGGGACACCGGAGAAGACGGAGAAGUUCCAUGAGCUGACAUAG